GUUGAUUUUAAUUAUUUCAAAUCUAUGUCGAUUUAUGUUGCCCACGUUAAUGUCAAGAUGGCGUUGAGGCAGUCACGUGACCUUGUUUUUCUUUCAGGCUCAUGGUGAGUUUCUAAACGGAAGUGUAGUUCACGUCGCCAGAAGCCUUAUUUAAAUAUCAGAAAACGUAAGACUGUUAUAUUACUGUUAUUCUUAAGAGAAGUCCCUAUUAUGGUAUGGCUAAUAAAGGUACGAUUAUUCCUCAAAUAUCAAGUAGUCUGCAUUUACACGUCGUGUUAUUAUCAUACGUGCAGAUAGACUUGCAGCACAUUUCAUAUUAAGGUUUACUCUAGGAUGAUCACAAAAAAAUAACGUGGUGGCGAUUGGGGUUAGGAGGAGCAAUGAACAUCACAAAUGCAAUGCCACAUUAUAAUACACUUCAUGAAAACUUAAAUUAACUAACACUCAUAACGAAACCCCACCCAAUUUUAUAAAUUACUUUAUUGGUUAGUGGAUUUGUAAAUCCCGCCCCUGUAGAUCUGCUACCUGCAAUUGGUCAACGGUGACGUCAAUCGUAAAACAUUCCCGCCUACCGAGAAGAUCAAGUUUGAAUGAAUAAGAGUCUAUUUCAAGAGGUGGUAGUUUUGUUGGCAGUGAUAACUAUACUCAAUAGUCUUUUGCACAUCAAGGAUAAACUAUUCAGAAAUGGAAAUGAAGAAGAGAAUUCAUCUAGAGCUGCGAAACCGCACUCCAUCAGACGUGAAAGAGCUAGUGCUGGACAACUGCCGCUCACAUGAUGGAGAGCUUGAGGGCCUCACGGAUGAAUUUGAAGAAUUAGAAUUUUUAAGCACAAUCAACGUUGGACUGACAACAGUCGCCCACUUGCCAAAGCUCACAAAGUUGAAAAAGCUUGAGCUCAGUGAUAACAGAAUCUCAGGUGGACUGGAGGUGCUGGCUGCCAAAUGCCCCAACCUAACACACCUCAACCUCAGUGGAAACAAAAUCAAAGACCUCAGCACAAUAGAGCCAUUGAAAGAAUUGGUAAGCCUGAAGAGCCUAGACCUUUUCAACUGCGAAGUGACAAACCUGAAUGAAUACAGAGACAAUGUAUUCAAGCUCCUCCCCCAUCUCACGUACCUGGACGGAUAUGACUUGUGUGACAAGGAGGCCCCGGACUCUGACGCAGAGGUGUACGCAGAGGGCCUGGAUGGGGACGAUGACGACGACGAUGAUGUAGAUGAGGAGGAUGAAGAGGUUGCACCAGUAGACGACGAAGAUGACGAGGGUGAGGAAGACGAAGAUGAGGGGAAUGAAGAGGAGGAAGAUGACUUAAGUGGAGAGGAAAAACCAGAUUCGGAAGAGGACGACGAUGAUUUGAACGACAGAGAAGUUGAUGAUGGGGAAGAUGAAGAUGAAGAAGAGCAAGGCCAGAAGAGAAAAAGGGAACUUGAUGAAGAAGAGGAAGAGGAAGACGAUUGAGGAUUGCUUUCACUUUGUGUACCGACUGUUUAACUUCCCCUCCUUCUCACUUCCCAGUCCCAUUUGUACUAUCUUUUUGAGUUUAUUUGAGUACUUCAUGUUAGUGGCCACUGGCCAGUCAGGUGUGUGUGUGUGAGAGGGUUGGGUUAGGGUUAAUAACUUAAUUUUAAGUAUAUGAGUCAGAGUUUCUGAUUCUCUGAUCUUAAUUGUGGAUUUUAAGCUCCUUUAUGGCGAUACGAUUUUGUAACGACACCUAAUAUGACAUUUUUUAAUAAUUAUCCCUGUUUGUGUAGGAAUUUUUCUUCUGAUAAAUUGCAUAUUUUAAAAUGGAACCAUCCCUUACAUAGAGAAAAGGUGCAUGUCUGAAAACUCAACCACUGGAACUCAUGUACGUCUGUCCUUUUCUUUCCUCGUCUUAAUCUUAUUUUAUUCUUUGUAUUGUACAUUUUAUAAGUAAGUUAUAUGUUUGUGGUGUCCCAAGUAUGCCAAUACUGUUGUUGUGGUGUGGAAAACUUCGUCUGAACAUGCACAGUGUGACUAUUCCAGGUCCCAUUUCUAAAUUAUAGCAAGUAAAGAUCUACCUUUGUCUCAGAUGCUCCAAUCUCCUGGACCACCCAGCUUUGAUAGUUCGGAAGUUACGUGUUCUUGUAAAUAAUGACCAAAAUCUAUUUUUUUGUAUUCUCUUUGAUGUUGGCUGACAUUAAGUACAAUGAGUUAAACAACAAAUUGUAAUAAAAAUAUAAACUUGUGUUUGCGGCUUUAUCUAAAAUGUGCAGUGUAAUACUUAUUGGACUUGAACAUACUUUGUAUGCAUAAUCUUUACAUAAAGAGCAAUGUUCAAUGUUGGUCUAUUGUUUGUGACACGCAGAUGGCAUGAAUGUGAGGAAUAGGGAAAACUGCAAUUCCAAUGGAAAUUACUUUUAGUGUUCAUAAAAUCAAAAUGAAUGUCUUCAUUCAGCUUGAUGCAUUAUAGAAUUUCGAGGGUGUAAGAAAAUUAGGUCCAUUAAACACUCAUUCUACACCAUAUCCAAGUUCAUUUAUUGUGGUUGCUUUUAAAAAUAAAUCCUGUUAGAGAUAAUGCAGUUUGAGCUACUGUGGGAGAUAAUCUUUUUGUGAAAUUAGAACAUUGAAUCUUGCCAUUUUGCAUAGAAACACAAAGAAACGCCAACAGACACAAUCCCUAUAUGAAAGGUUUUGGGUAUAUUUGGAAUAGCGAUGUCAGCAGUCUGAUUUCAUCUUAGAUUCGACACUCUUGAGUGGCAGUUUAUGUGCUGCACGUACAGUAACACAAUCACUUUCUUUUCAACUUGUAAUCUCUCAAUCUCACAACUUUUCUGAACCUCAUGUAAAGGAA